AUGGGUGAAUGCCCCGUUCGUCAUGACAAUGUCGCCGGUGGCGGCACCAGGAACACCGACUGGUGGCCCAAGCAGCUCCGGCUCAACAUCCUCCGCCAGCAUCAGCCUGCCUCGAACCCAUACCCCAAGGACUUCGAUUAUGCUGCUGCCUUCAAGUCUCUGGACUACGAGGCUCUGAAGCAGGAUAUCAAGGCGGUGUUGACAGAUUCUCAGGAUUGGUGGCCGGCUGACUUUGGCCACUAUGGCGGUCUCUUCAUCCGUAUGGCCUGGCACAGCGCUGGCACCUAUCGUGUCUUUGAUGGACGCGGUGGCGGUGGCCAGGGUCAGCAGCGCUUCGCUCCUCUCAACAGUUGGCCGGACAACGUCAGCCUGGACAAAGCUCGGCGUCUCCUCUGGCCCGUGAAGCAGAAGUAUGGCGACAAGAUCUCAUGGGCCGACUUGAUGCUUUUGGCGGGUAAUGUGGCACUCGAGUCAAUGGGCCUGAAGACGUUCGGCUUUGCUGGCGGUCGCCCUGACACCUGGGAAGCUGAUGAAUCGGCAUACUGGGGCGGCGAGACGACUUGGCUGGGUAAUGAAGUUCGCUAUGCCAACAAGGACAUCAAGAACCGCGAGCUCGAAACUCCCUUGGCUGCUGCCCACAUGGGUCUGAUCUACGUCAACCCAGAGGGACCCGACGGCAACCCCGAUCCGGUGGCCGCUGCUCGGGAUAUCCGCAUCACUUUCGGUCGUAUGGCAAUGAACGACGAGGAGACAGUGGCCCUCAUUGCGGGUGGCCACACUUUUGGCAAGACACAUGGCGCAGGCCCUACUGACAAUGUUGGCAAGGAGCCCGAGGCUGCUCCCAUCGAGGAGCAAGGUUUUGGCUGGAGCAAUAAGUUUGGCUCUGGCAAGGGUCCUGACACCAUCACCAGUGGUCUCGAGGUCAUUUGGACCAAGACUCCGACCCAAUGGAGUACCAAUUUCCUGGAGUACCUCUUCAAGUUUGACUGGGAGCUCACCAAGAGCCCUGCUGGUGCCAACCAGUGGGUAGCUAAGAAUGCUGAGGCCUUCAUUCCCGACCCCUAUGACCCCUCCAAGAAGCACCCGCCGCGUAUGCUCACGACCGAUCUGGCGCUGCGCUUCGACCCCGUCUAUGAGAAGAUUUCUCGUCGCUUCCUCGAACAUCCCGACGAGUUCGCCGAUGCCUUCGCCCGCGCCUGGUUCAAGCUGCUGCACCGCGACAUGGGCCCGCGUACUCGCUGGCUCGGUCCCGAGAUCCCGUCUGAGAUCUUGCCUUGGGAGGACUACAUCCCGCCGGUUGACUAUCCUGUCAUCGACGACGCAGAUGUCGCUGCCCUCAAGCAAACAAUUCUUGCUACCGGCAUUGCCCCCCACAAGCUCAUUUCCACAGCUUGGGCGUCGGCAUCGACCUUCCGUGGCAGCGACAAGCGCGGUGGUGCCAAUGGUGCUCGCAUUCGUCUCGCUCCGCAGAAGGACUGGCCGGUCAACAACCCGGCUCAACUAGCUGAGGUGCUGUCGGCCCUGGAGGCUGUCCAGGCUCAGUUCAACUCCACAGCCCCUGGUGGUAAGAAGGUGUCGCUGGCUGAUCUAAUCGUCCUUGGCGGCGUUGCCGCCCUGGAACAGGCUGCCGGUGUGCCUGUGCCCUUCACUCCUGGCCGCAACGAUACGACACAGGAGUAUACCGAGGUCGAGUCCUUCAGCUAUCUGGAACCAGUUGCGGACGGCUUCCGUAACUAUGGUCGUGGCACUGAUCGCGUCAGAACCGAGCAGCUGCUUGUUGACCGCGCGCACCUGUUGACUCUUACACCGCCCGAGAUGACUGUGCUUGUUGGUGGCCUGCGUGUACUGGGCGCCAAUUGGGACGGCUCUACCCACGGUGUUUUCACCAAGCGCCCGGGCCAGCUGACCAACGAUUUCUUUGUCAACUUGCUAGAUAUGAGCACGGCAUGGAGGUCUAUUGACGGAGAAAUCUUUGAGGGCUAUGACCGUAAGACGGGCGAGAAGAAGUGGACGGCUACCAGGGUCGACCUCAUCUUUGGCUCACACGCCGAGCUGCGUGCCAUCGCGGAGGUGUAUGCCAGUGCCGAUGGGCAGGAGAAGUUUGUCAGGGACUUCAUUGCUGCUUGGGACAAAGUCAUGAACCUGGAUCGCUUUGAUCUCGGCAAGCGCUGA